CAUCUCUCUCUCCCUGUCUGUCUUUUCCAGCGGAAACGAUCUGAUCCACGAAGCACGCGGACAGGAAUCGCCUCUUCAUUCUUCUGAAACAGCCGCGUCUCUCUCCGUGUCUCUGUGGCGAUCAGAUCGAUCGUAGAGAGCGAACCGGCAAGGGAAGAGGUACUGGCUGCUGCAUCCACAUCCACUGUUCUAUUGGCGCGCCGCUGCCGCGACGAGCGAGAGAUCGGCAUGAGAGUGAGUUAAUCCAGCCUCCUCGGUUCGUGGCUCGCGUCGCGUUGGUUGCUUGGCUCAGGCGCGGCGGCGGUUCCAGUUCUCGUGCUGCUUUCCCCGAUCGGCAUGCCAAGAUUCUCAAGUCCAGCCCAUCAGUGAGCUGCUUCUGUUUGUCCGGACGGCAUGGAGCAGCCGGCGUCCCGGAGAGACGAGGACGCGCUGCCGGGCUACGCCGUCAUGGAAUUGGAGGACGUCGCGGUCGGCGACCUGGAUCUCAUGGAGGAGCUGUUCAUGGCGGCGCCGGGGUUCGAUUUCUCCGACUUGUCGCUGCCCGGGGCCGGCGCGCCCCCGGGGGCCUGCUUCUCGCCGCUGUUCGACAUCUGCAGCACCACCACCACGGCGACUCCCCCCGCGCCGGCGGGCGAGGACGACAGGGGCGACCCGGAGAGGGCCGACCGGCCCGACGCGGCCGCGGCCGCCCCGCCGCGCCCCGCCUGGCUCUUCCAGCCCGGGCAGGAGGUGGAGGCCACGGUGAAGGAGCGGCUGCGGCGCGCGCUGGAGCGCAUCGCGUCGCUGUCGCAGACGCAGCCCGGGGAGCUGCUCGCGCAGGUCUGGGUCCCCAUGCUCAUCGGCGACCGCCAGGUGCUCACCACCUGCGGGCAGCCCUUCUGGCUGGACAGCCGCAACCAGCGCCUCGCCAAUUACCGCUCCGUGUCCAUGGAGUACCAGUUCUCCGCCGACGAGAGCGCGCGCGCCGGGCUGGGGCUGCCCGGCCGCGUCUUCGUCGGCCGAGUCCCCGAGUGGACGCCCGACGUCCGCUACUUCUCCACCGAGGAGUACCCGCGCGUCCGCCACGCGCAGUCCUUGGACAUCCGCGGCAGCGUCGCGCUCCCCAUCUUCGAGCCCCGCACCCGGGCAUGCCUCGGCGUCAUCGAGCUCGUCAUGACCACGCAGAAGAUCAACUACAACGCCGAGGUCGAGAACAUAUGCAGCGCUCUCAAGGAGGUUGAUCUCAGAAGUACUGAUGUUUCAAGUGAUCCCCAUGGAAAUGUGGCUGAUAUUUCUUACCGAGCAGUUGUACCGGAGAUCAUUGACGUUCUCAGAGCUGUUUGCGAGAGACACAAGCUACCACUAGCCCAGACUUGGAUACCAUGCAUCUGCCAAGCAAAGAGGGGAAGCCGCCACUCCGAUGAAAAACUCAAGUACUGCGUGUCCCCUGUGGAUGAGGCAUGUUAUGUUCGUGACCAAGCUGUAAAGGGCUUUCACCAAGCUUGCUCCGAUCAUCAUCUGUUCAGGGGUGAGGGUGUUGUUGGUAGGGCAUUUGGGACAAACGAGCCAUGUUUCUCCCCGGACAUUACUGCCUACAGCAAGGUCCAAUACCCUCUCUCACAUCAUGCAAAACUUUUCAGCUUGAGGGCUGCAGUUGCCAUCCGGUUGCGAAGUAUUAGGACUGGAACCCUUGACUAUGUCUUGGAAUUCUUCCUGCCCGUGGACUGUAUAGAGAGCGAAGAGCAGCGGGCCAUGCUUAAUUCUUUGUCCAUUACAAUACAGCAGACCUGCUAUACAUUACGAGUUGUCAGCUUGAAAGAACUAGUGGAUGAAGGAUCAUUUGAAACAAGUACACUAACCCCAGCAAAAUUUUACGACAAGCCUAUUCAUGAAAACUUGGAUGAGGUUUGUAGCAACAUUGAAGGUCCUGCGAGGACAACAUCGCUGGAAACUUCUGAGGAAGUAUCUUCGUGGAUAGCAAGCCUUGUGGAUGCUCAAAGUAAGGGAGCAAAAGAAAUGUUUGGUGACCUUCCAUUUGGAUUCAGCAAGCAAGAGGAUGAAGGGUUCAGUGUUACGGCUGGCUGGCAUACUUCACCUGUACUAGGCCCGAAAGGUAGCAUCUUUUCAGAGAUUAAGCAGCACGAAGAAUAUGAGGUCAAGGAGCCAAUUUGUUCCAGAGGUCCAAGCCCUUCCAACAUGAACAAAACAGUAGAGAAGCGGCGCACUAAGAUGGAGAAAACUGUUAGCCUGGAAGAGCUUCGGAAGCAUUUUGCUGGCAGCCUGAAAGAAGCUGCAAAGAAUUUAGGAGUGUGCCCUACAACAUUGAAGAGAAUAUGUAGGCAACAUGGAAUUAAUCGUUGGCCAUCACGGAAGAUUAAGAAAGUUGGGCACUCCCUGAAGAAACUGCAAAUGGUGAUUGAUUCGGUACAUGGUGCUGAAGGAACAGUUCAACUCAGCUCACUCUAUGAAAACUUUACCAAGACCACAUGGUCAGAAAGAGAAUUACAGGGGGAUGGCACUUAUCCAUUAUCUGAGCAAAAAGAUCACUUGGAACCUUCGGUUCCUGAUCGACAGUGCGAGGGCAGAUUCACUUCGCAUACUUCUGGCUCUAAUUCUCUCUCUCCCUCAUGCAGCCAAAGCUCAAACUCCAGCCAUGGUUGUUCCAGUGGUUCAAAAUCACAACAGGAUGGCAAUGCUCCUCAGCUUGCAGUCAAGCAAGAAGUUUUAAUGGAGGAGAAUCAGAGCUCCACACUACUGAAAGCUGCGAGCCAUGCAGAACUGCAGAUGUUUACUGAAGAAAGGCCCGUCGUGCUGCCUAGGUCUCAGAGUCAAAUGCUUGUAAGUGAACAAAAGCCAGAGGAAAACAUGUCAGGCAUGCAAAAGUCUAAGCCGGUUUCUCUCAAAAUAAAAGCCAUGUAUGGUGAAGAAAGAUGCAUAUUCCGACUUCAACCUAGUUGGGGUUUUGAAAAGCUAAAAGAAGAAAUUGUUAAGCGGUUCAGUAUCGCUCAGGAGAUGUACGUGGACCUAAAGUACUUGGAUGAUGAAUCUGAGUGGGUUCUUUUAACAUGUGAUGCGGACCUUCUGGAGUGUAUUGAUGUCUACAAGUCAUCAAAUGCUCAAACAGUAAGAAUCUUGGUAAAUGUUAAUGUUCAGCCAGUGCUUGGUCCUUCCUUUGGUCAAACUGGUUUGCCCUGACAUUGGCACUAUGCCAAACCAGGAUGCAGAACAAGCAUGAACAUCUUUUACUGAAGGAGUUUGACAUGGCCCUCAGUUUUAAGUCAUGAUAUGCACAGGCUGAAUCUGUAAAUACCUAUACUUCUGUUAUCAUCCAAUGGUCAUAUGCCCAGCAAACCGUGAUCAACCAAUGGUCAAGUGGUCUGUAAAGUUCUGUCUCCUGGGUAUGUGCUAGGAGUGGAAAGGAUGUGAUUGUCAAUGUUCCCUGUCAGCGGUUGGGUACUGCAUACAGUCUUGUUCGUGGCAGGGGAAGAUGGAAAUUUGUGCUUCUAGUUCAGUUUCAUAACUGUAAAGUAGUGUAUUGCAGCUACCAAACUAGUGUACAGAAAAUAUAGGUAAUAGGGUUAACUAGCAUUGAUUUGCCGAAAUGAAGCUUUGGAUUAAGUUUAGCAGUCAUUAACAGGUUAGCGCACAGAUAUGAGUUCUUUGGGGGUUUUACCUGUUCCAAAGUUGUGUAAUGUUCCCUUUGAGGUUCAACUUUUGAAAGAUCGCCCGUAAGUUACAAGGUUUGGAAUCAACAGAAUUUGCCAAUGCUAUAAUGCAUCCGACAAGGAAUGCUGAAGCGCCUCCUCACCAGUAGGCAAAGGAUACAUGAGAGCAGGGCACUGGAGCUCAAGAGCGCUUGCAGGCAACAGUGCACGCAUCAAGCUCGUCUCCUUAUUCCAGGUGCAACUUUGUUGGUACCGGAUCGAUGUUAAAAAAAUCAGAUUUUGUAUGGACACCAAACAUUUCGCAGUUUUUUCAUGCAUGUCUCUGCUUCACCCUUUCAGAAGGGAUGGUGAAUAAUUUGUCAAGUUACAAGGCUGGACAUGUCUAGUCUCCUAGACCCAGUGAUCCAUGUAGAUUUUUUGCUGUAUUGUACUCGUAUGAUCAUUUUCUUCCUGUACUGGAAAUCUUGAAUACUAGUAGGAUGUUUUGAGGUAAUAUGUUGUGUAUUUAUGCUCAAUGUACAUUUAUUUCAGAAA